AUGGAAUUCGAUUCACACUCGAACGCUUGUCCAGCCAAACCUUCCGGAGCCGGCGAGAAAGGCGCUGCACUCAUUGGUUCCCUCACGUUCCAAAAUCUCGUUUCGAUCAUCGGCUGGGCUUGCUUUGCUGCCUCUACCAUUCUGUGGAUCGUCCUGGUCAUUCCUCACCUGCGCCAAUACAAGGCUCCCAACGAGCAGCGCCAGAUCUUCAAAAUUGUUUCCACGCCGCUGAUUUUCACGAUUGUUGCGGUCAUCUCUACCCACACAUACCAUGCUGCUGACUACCUCGAACCGCUGGCCAACCUCUAUGAAGGGUUUGCCCUCGCGUCUCUCUUCUUGCUAUAUGUUCAGUACGUUACUCCAGACGUCACGACAAGAGAUGCCUUCUUCCAGAGCUUGGAGAAGAAAGGCAAGAACGGAGGUGUCACGCCUGGUGGGAGUCUUCGAUGGUUCUGGAACACCUGGAGGACGGUUUUCUUCUACGUCGUCAUCUAUACGGUUCUCGUGAUCAUCCAAGAAAUUACAAAGGCGACGGGUGCCUACUGCAGCACUUCUUCCAAACCGAGAUUUGCAAACAUUUGGAUCCAGGCCCUCGAACUCGGCACGACCAUCUGGGCUAUCCUCGCAGUGAUCAGGUUUCAGCGUCGACUUCGAGAGUUUAUGAAUGGUAAAAGAGCUGUUGCGAAACUGGUGAUGUUCAAGCUAUUUGUGGUUAUCACCACCAUUCAGCGGUUCAUCUUUGGUAUCCUCCGAUCUAAGGUCACCGGCGGUUCCAAAGUGACAUACCACGACAUCACUAUUGGACUGCCAGCAUUGCUGAACUGCGUCGAAGCAUUGAUGUUCAUGGUCGGAAACUACUUCAUUUUCAACGUAAGGGAAUACCGGACCGGUCAAGAGAAGGACGGCCCGCGUUACCGUAUAAGGAAGUCCCUGCCUGAUGCUUUGAAUCCCAUGGACUUGAUCCGAGCUAUUGGCCUGGCAUUCGGGUCUCUCAGGUCACGGAGAUCAAGUCAAGGCUAA